AUUUGUUAUCUGGAUCAAACCGGCCGUUAAUCAGCGACAAGUCUCGUGACUUCACGCCAUAGACGAGACGAGAGUUGACGCGUGAACAUGAAGGUUUUGAUUCUUAUAUUUCUGGCUGUCGCGGCUGUUACAGCAGAUGACAGACAGCAUGCCAGACAGACAAACAGCUGUCUGACCAGCUCAGACUGUGCUGCUGGCCAGUGUUGUAUGGGCAGCAGAUUCAUACUGGGCAGAAAACAGCUGGGAGGCACAUGUGUACACAGGGGCACUACAGGGGACAAAUGUUACGUGAACAACGAGCAGUAUCUACCGACACAUGACAGCACGAUGUACUACAACAGCUGUCCCUGUCAGGACGGCAGUCACUGUGUGGGCUCAGGUUUUCGUGAGGUACCCCAGGGGGAGGUUGGCGUGUGUUCGGCCCCUGCCCUGACCAAGAAAGCUGUGGACGCCCCCUGCUCUACUGUCAGGGACUGUGGGGCAGACGAAUGUUGUAUCAGCCUCAUGCAGCCCGUGGGGAGAAGGCGAGCGGCCUUUGGGGCUGGGGGAGUGUGCAAGAAACUUGGUGGAGUCGGAGACUACUGCCUGGUGAGGGUGACCCAGGUGUCAGACAUGAACAUGGAAUGUCCCUGUGCCGCUGGUCUGUCCUGCCACGGGUCAGGUUUCAUGGUGAUACCCCAGGGGGAGACAGGAACUUGUGGAUAGUCUACACGUCAACGCCAGCAGACGUCACCUCUAGAAGACGUCACCUUUAGCAGACGUCAUUUUGCAGAAGAUUUUGUUUCAGUUUAAACUUGUUUCCAGCUUGACCGUGAAAAAAAGCAAUAAAAAUAAAUUAAUUUGCUUUUUACAAACUUUUA